CUCCAGUUCACGUGCUCCGCUACCUCUCCUGAGUUCCCAGUACCUGACAUUUAUUCAUCCCAUUGGUUCUUUCAAGCUCAUAGCGCUAUCAUACGGCCCGGCGUAUCCACCUUCCUGAUGUGGCCUCCGCCGGCAUCUUACUCACCUCGUCUUCUUGGAUCACUUCUUGGAUCACGCUUCAACAUGUUACGCUCGCAGGCGUCUCACUCACUUCGUCUCGUGGAUCACGCUCCAACAUCUGCUCUCAAGCUUCAAUGUCUAUUUCCGUCACAAACACAUCACGCUCGCAAGUGUGAAUGUCAGUUUCUGUCCCACAAACAACCCAUGCUCACAGCGUGAAAGUCUCUCUCAAUACAGGUCUGGUGUCUGCGUUGAGAUGCUUUCAGGGUCUUUGCCCUCGCCCACCUCUUUCUCGUCACUUCCUCGUUCGAGGCUGGCAAAGUAUCAAAGGAGCGCUUCUCGCACCUUUGUAGGAUUGUCAGCAAGAUCCCUCCAUAGGCAAUCCUAUC